GUGAAUUUGUUCCUUCUCAUUCCUCGAACUGUAUAGAUGUGUAAUUUCUCUUAGUUGUAGAGUCUCCAUUCUCUUUAACCCAUUCCUGUUCAACAAGAUUGAUUUCAAAGCUAAAAUCAGGAGAACUUCCUAAGUGGUCAACUCUAUUGACUUAAAACUCAAAGGUAAAAUCAAACUGAUUCCUUCCAGUAUCAAGUUCAUAAUUAUUCCUAGCAGGGUAAUGAAUAUAGGAAGAUGUAAAGAUAUCAUUGAUCAAAGAUUACUUGACAUAGAAAGUAUCCCCUUUCUUAAACAUCACUUUUAUGGACAGAAUUACGUAAGUCAACACAAUUGUACCCACAAUGACAGAUGCUAGAGGGAGAGACCCCUACUCCACCAAUAUGAGUUCUAUACUUGUCACCUCAUUUGUAGAUGAGCAUAAUAUUCCUUCCGUAGAAGCCAAGCCUUUUUAUGAAUCCAAGUACUUUCUGAAUGAUCGAUUCUUUUUAAUUCUAGCUGUGUGGUUUUGCUGGCAUAUUUUAAGAUUUUUUUAUUUUUAA